CGUUGCACCAGUGGUCCCAUCUUGGUUGGAGAGAGAAGGCAGAGCAGAACGGACCGUCCAUAUUACAGCUGCUUUGUCAGCACUGUGCACGGUGAUGGACCCUCCUGGUGGAGGAGACGAACGUCGGAGGCAGGCAGAGCGUCUUCGACGGGAGGAAGCUUACUAUCACUUCAUUAAUGAAUUAAGUGAAGACGAGUACCGACUAAUGAGGGACAGCAACUUGCUGGGAACUCCUGGGGAGGUGACUGCUGAGGAACUCCGCCAACGUCUGGAUGGAGCGAAAGAGCGAGUGUCCUCCCAACCCCACACCGAGCAGCGCUUGCAAACAGCUGAAUCCGGAGAGCAGCAAAGCAGUAACGUGGAGGGAGAGGAGAGAGGGCCUGGGGGGAGGCGAGGAGCAGGAGGUGCAGAGCCUGGAGCAGAGAGUUCAAACGGCGACUCAUUAUUGGAGUGGCUCAACACUUUCAGGCGCACCGGUAAUGCGACCCGCAGCGGGCAGAGUGGCAACCAGACGUGGCGCGCUGUCAGCCGGACCAACCCCAACAGCGGAGAAUUCCGGUUCAGCCUGGAGAUUAACAUUAACCACGAUCAGCCGGAGCCCGGGGAGCAUAACGACGCCGUAGACACUGCAGAGUUGCCGGUCACUGCUCCACACGCAGCCUCACCCAUGAUACGCACUUCUUCCUCCUUCUCCGGCUCUCGACCUUCCACAAUAAGGCCAUCUCCCUAUCCCUCCCCUCGCCCAGCCAUCAGUAGGAGGAUGCAGACCCGACGCACACGCAGCAGCACUGCCACGUUUUCUAUGAGCCCCCCUAUACUCCCUCCGACAGUGAUUAUCCCGGCUGCUGCUCCGAGGAGAAGUGCCAAUUUGCACAGUUUUGCGGCACCUCCUGCUGUCAACAACUCUCCUGUCGAUCAAACGACGCUUUCGCAACAUGAAGCUCUGAAUGUAGAUGUGGAUCAAGGGCGGGAUGAAACUACCGCUGCCACAGACUGUCCGGUGGCGUCCCCCAAUUCUGGUUCCUCAGCAGUAGGACAGGAACCACGUGGCAAUAGGACUCGAUCACGUGGCCGCGCACGCAGGGCCACAGCAGGUAGCGGGGUUUCAUCCCGCAGUUCGAGGCGAAGCCGUUCACCUUUGCACAGAAUACCUCUUGUCACUAACGCAGCACCAUCCAAUACCGGUGUGAGUGUCUCUGCUGUCCACACUGCGGAGCCAGGUAGUGGAACGGGGUCCGGAGUGUCGGCGGAGGCCGGGGAGGCUGCGUCAGAAGAACCCGUUGCACCAACGGAGCCAAAUGCGGAAACGGCAGAACGCGAUGGCGAGUCGCACGCGAUAGGAACGGGAAGCUCAGCGGUGCGACGACACCCGACCAUCAUGCUAGACCUGCAGGUGAGGAGGAUCCGGCCUGGGGAAAACCGCGACCGAGACAGCAUCGCGAGCAGAACACGUUCCCGCGCCCGAGUGGCAGAGAACACCGUCACGUUUGAAAGUGACAGCGGCGGAUUUCGACGCACCAUCUCCCGCUCUGAGAGAGCUGGCAUUCGCACCUACGUGAGCACUAUUCGGAUUCCCCUGCGGCGCAUCAGUGAGACUGGCCUCGGGGAACCCAACUCCACUGCCCUGCGGUCCAUAUUGCGCCAAAUCAUGACUGGAUUUGGGGAGCUCAGCUCCUUAAUGGAGACCGAGGCCGAUUCCGAGACCGUUGCACCGAGUCCCACAGACACUGCAAAUGGCAACGCCAGCCCUGCCGGCCGUCUACAUGCAAACGACAGUGCACCUCGUCAGGUAGGCACAGGGGGCGCGGUUCAGGAGAGGGUGGGGCUUGUGAGAAUUGAGGAGGCCCACAGCGGACAGGCCCGACUCGGCGGAGGAGUUGUGAGCGCCGCCACGGACGGACGAGCCGCCAGCAGAGAUACAAACAACCUGGUGGAGAACGGCACUCUGCCCAUCCUGCGCUUGGCACAUUUCUUUCUGCUCAACGACGAGGAAGACGACGAGCAUCCUCGGGGCCUGACCAAAGAGCAGAUAGACAAUCUAUCUACACGCACGUACGGUCAGGCCAGCCUGGAAGGGGAGAUGGGACGAGCGUGCAGCGUCUGCAUCAACGAAUACGCCCAAGGCAACAAGCUACGGAGGCUGCCCUGCUCCCACGAAUUCCACAUCCACUGCAUCGACCGCUGGCUCUCUGAAAACAACACCUGUCCUAUCUGCAGGCAGCCUAUACUUGCAGUGCACCAUGACUGACCUAUUUGCUCACAAAAACACAAUUAUUUUGCUCCUGGCUGGCUGAACUGAGCAGACCCAAGUGGGCUUUGCAUGUAUAUACUGCUUUAAUGGUUUAAGUUCAUUAAAAAUAUUUGUUGUGUUGAAGAAGGUUGAACAGAAAAGUGUGGUUAUAAAAAAAAAAAAAGGUAAAAAAAACUAUAAAUGCAGAGAAUUAACAAAACUUUAUUUUUUUAGACUUUUUUUUGCAACUCAUUUUGUUUUCUUCUUCCUGCAACCUGGUUCUCUGGUUUGUAUCUUAAAGCUUCAGAGCUCCAUGUCAAUAAAUGGCAUCAACGCUUAAGGAGCUCCUGUAGCCGCUGCUGGAUAGUCUCACUUUAACUCUUCGGUGUCUGAUACAUGUACGGUCCCUUUGUCACAACUGGACUAUACAAAACAUUUCUGGACUUUAUUCAGUCAGUAUACGCUGUAAAUAAACUCACCACUGCUUGUAUCUGGAGGUUUUCGAUAGGUUGUCCACGAGCAAUCUGUGCCGCAUGGAAGCAGGAAGCGUUCAGUUUUAUAUUCACCAACUGCAACAUCCAUAUCCAAGUGUCCCUUCACAGUUUGUUCAGAGAUGUAUGAUUUAUUAAGUUGUGUGUGUAUGAGUUGUGUAUUUAAUUUUGAAGAAGAAGAAAAAAAAAAAAGCUUUACUCUGUACAUCUUGCAGUAAAAUUUAAGUUCCGGAUAUUUUCAGUACAGCGUUCACAUUAACUUUAGCCAUAUGAGCAGCAACAUGAGAAAAGGAGAUGCAGAAGGCAUGUGAUAAUCAGGAAUUCAAACUUGUAUGAGUUGUGCAAUACAGAGAGCGAAUGACAGUAUUGUUUGUUUUUGCUGUUCAUUGUUUACAUUAUAAUACCUGAUUAUCAUCUCUACUCCCCCCCCCCCCCAAAAAAAAAAAAAGUCUCAAUACAUCUGCCAUGUUGAUUUCCGUUCUGUUUCUGAUCCAUACCGGCCAAGAGUUGUCAUGAAGUUGCACUUGCCUGAUGCUUUUCCGUGCAAAAACUUGAAACAUUAGAAU